GCUUGCUUACUCGUCGCGGCUAACGCGUGGCUGCUGCCGCCAGCGCGAACACUUUACGCCCAGCGUCAGCUCAGCGCCUCGCGCUCCAGGCCAUGCAUGCAGCGUCAGCCCACCGCCAGGGACGACGUUCCUCCGGUCGACAAGGCCACCUUCGUAGCCGCCGUCGAAAUACUGGACCGCGAGUUGGCCAAGGCUGGAGGCGUCGACCCUCCGAAAUCCUUAUCGGAGGCCGAGGGCUCGGGCGAGGCCGCUUUCGCCAUCGGCAAGACGACGGCAAAGCUGCCAUUAUCAGAGGUGGAAGGCCUCGGGCUCGUGGAGGCGACCUACCUAGUAUUGGUCUCGGGUGUCACCACGCCGCUGGUCGAGUCUGGCGUCCAGGUCAAGGACACCAUCGUGAGCGUGUCGGUCGAGGGGACAGAACUGCACGAAAGCACCCGGGCGCUGGACUUGGCGGCGACGGCGGAGCGGCUCACGGCGGCGAUCAAGACCGCUGAGGAGAAUGGGGUCGCGGAGAUCGGGUUGGAGCUGAACCGGCUCGUGGAGCUCCGGUACGCAGAGAAGUAGGGUCUCCCCGCGGAGUCACCAGUCGGCCGGGGGCGCGUGUUUCUCUCUAAAUCGGAACAACACUGAUGCUCGUUCUGUGUGUAUGUGUGUGCAGCAGGCCUGCCGGCUGAGCGGGCUUUUGAAUUCUUUCCCGCGAGUGCAAUUUAUGA